AUGAACAAAAUCAGCGCAAUUACCGAAUUUUUGAAUGGAAAAUCAAUAUUUAUUACUGGGGCUACUGGUUUUAUUGGUAAACAAUUAGUUGAAAAAUUAAUUAGCUCAUGUCCAAAUAUCGAAAAGAUUUAUAUACUUGUAAGACCGAAACGUGGUUACACUGUUGUAGAUCGUGUAAAACAACUUUUAUCUUCUCCAUUAUUUGAUUCUGUUCGUAAAAUAAAUCCAAAUUUUGAAAAUAAAAUUAUACCAAUUGAAGGUGAUAUACUUGAUCCAAAUUUUGGUAUAAAUUUCGAUGAUGAACAUUUACUUACUGAAAAUUGUCAUAUUGUAUUUCAUUCAGCAGCAACAAUUAAAUUUAAUGAACCACUUAGAUUAGCUAUUCAAAUGAAUGUUACACCUACUAGAAAAUUAAUUUUACUUUGUCAUAAAAUGAAAAAAUUACAAGCACUUAUACAUGUUUCAACAGCUUAUGCAAACUGUGAUCGUAGCGAUAUAAGUGAAAUUAUUUAUACACCACUGAUACAACCCAAAAAGUUGAUAGAUGCAGCUGAAUGGAUGAAUGAUAGUGUAUUCGAUGUACUCACAAAUAAAAUAAUUAAAGAUCGUCCAAAUACAUAUACAUACACAAAAUCAUUAGCUGAAUACCUUUUAUUAGAAGAAGGAAACAAUUUGCCAGUAGCCAUUAUACGACCAUCGAUUGUUGGUGCAUCACUGAAAGAACCAUUUCCAGGUUGGAUUGAUAAUUAUAAUGGACUAUCUGGAAUGUAUGUUUCAUUUGGUAAAGGUAUGCUUCGAACAAUGUUAGGAAAUAAAUAUGCUGCAGCUGAUGUAGUACCUGUCGAUAUUGUUGUUAAUAUGAUGAUAGCAGUUGCAUGGUAUACAGCAGCAAUUAAUCAAUCUAAAAAUAUUGCUGUGUAUCAUUGUUCUCUUGAUAAAUGUCCAUCAUGGGGUCAAUUGGCCACAUAUGCCAUAGAACAUGUGCAUAAUAAUCCAUUUGAAAAUCCUAUUACAAUUCCAAAUUGGGUAUUUACAAAUAAUAGAUUUAAUUUCGUUUUUAAACGAAUAGUGGAGGAACUCUUACCAUCAUGUUUACUUGAUAUUUAUAUGUAUUUAAUUGGUCGUAAACCCGUAUUUGUCAAAUUAUCAAAUAAAAUUAAUAAAGCUGUACGCAUUGUAGACUUUUUUUCUAUGCAUCAAUGGAAUUUUUCAAAAGAUAAUAGUUUAAUAUUAAAAAAUGAAAUGAAUAUUAUUGAUUUGGAGUUAUUUGGAUUUGAAACAAAAAAUAUAAAUUGGUCCGAUUAUAUGAAAAAUUAUUGUAUUGGAGUUAAGAAAUAUCUUUUACGUGAAGAUUUAAAUCAAAUGGGAAGAUGUCAAAAACAUAUUCAAAAACUAAAACAUAUUCGCACAGCAAUUACAUUUACAAUUGUUGCAUUAGUUUUGAAAUUUUUUUCUUCGAGAUCUUCUAAAGUACGUAGCAUACUACGUUUACUUUUACGUUUUAUAUUAAAUGUAUGUUUGUCAAUACAACGAUACGCAGUUAGUAAAUAUUUAUUAAAUUAA